AUGGCUAAGAUCAAACAAAGAAGGACGCUUGCGGUAAAUGAAGAUGGAACGAUUCUUUCGGAUCCACCAAAGAGCAUUGGUAAUGCUGAAAAUUUUCAGCGGAUGAACUACCUGUAUCAGUUGUCGAUGUGGCAAACGGCAGCAAAUAGGCAGGAUACAGAUCAAGGCCUCUCACGAAUGUACAUCAAGAAUAUGGAUCUGGUUAGCAAAAAGACAAAAAGCAGCCUUUUGCCUUAUGUUAAGAGAACCUUUUGUAAGAAAUGUCACAGAGUACUGGUGCCAAAACGUACUGUCCAGAUGACUCUGAAGCAAGCCUCUGAUGGGAAGGACAUAUUGGUUUGGGAAUGUCGAUGCGGGUACAUCAAGAAAUUUCCUAUCGGUACAAAUAGGAGCUACAGAACAUUCUAUGAUAAGCCAGAAAACUUGUUACAUAUGUAA